AAAUUUAAUUAAAUAGUAUUAUCACGAAAUUUUUACAUUUUUAAUUACUUUAAAUGCAUUCAUUUUUUAUAAUUUUAUUUUUAUUUAUAAUUCGAAGAGGAACCGAGUCGACGGAGUCGACCCUGCGUUACCUGCGUAACACAAGCGUAUAUGUUCAAUAGUUCACAAUAAUUGCGUUGCAGUUGGUUGCAGUCGUAUGGCGUUGUUCGUAUUGGUUCGUAUUGUGUUUGUGACGAAACAAAUUGACGGCGCGGUGCAAUUAAUGCCAUUCAACAAUUGAAGAAAAGCUUCGAUCAUGUCAUACCCGGCAACAAUGUUCGGGGAAGCUGAUCCUCAAGCUCAAGUAAAUCCAGAAGUGCAACAGUGGUUUGCUGCAGUUGAUAGAGAUGGUAGUGGAAAAAUUAGUGCUACAGAAUUAAAAGCUGCAUUAGCAAAUGGUCAAGGAGGCACAUUUUCAGAUACUGCUUGCAAUUUAAUGAUCGGCAUGUUUGAUAAAGAAAAGCGUGGUACAAUAGAUUUGUUUGAGUUUCAAGCUCUUUAUAAUUACAUUAAUGCAUGGUUGGGUGUCUUUCGUGGAUUUGAUCAUGAUAACUCUGGAAGUAUACAAGAAAAUGAAUUGGGUGCAGCUUUAACACAAAUGGGAUAUAGAUUAAACCCAGACUUUAUAUCAUUCCUCAUUAAAAAAAGUGAUCCUGUAGGUCAUUCUUCUAUAACUGUUGAUCAGUUUAUUGUAUUAUGUGUUCAAAUUCAAAGGUUUACAGAUGCCUUUCGAGUACGGGACACAGAACAAGCAGGAAAAAUUACUAUUGGAUUUGAAGAUUUUUUGGGUGUUGCACUUAACUGUAGCGUAUAAUACUUGCUUUUCUGAACUGUUAUUGAUUUUAUUAAAUUUAACUUCGCUUGUGUGAGGUCCAUUUCUUCAGGAUUAAAAAUCAACUGCAAUUUUAAUCCAUUUAAUAAAAGGCAGUUAUCUAUUUUUCUGGGAGUAGAUAUAAAUAAGUAUAAGCUUCUAUUUUUAACAAACAUAGUAGUAGCAGAAUGGCUAUUUUAUUUAGGAAUUAAAUUAAACAUUCAUUUUAGAUGCAGUUUAAAUUGCACAAAAUUGGAAACGAAAAUUUUCUAAUUUAUUUAUUUGUUCAAUGUAGAUUUAUUGUAUUUUAAAAAUAGAAAUUCUUUUAAAUCAGUAGUACUCUAAUAUUAUGUAAAGUAUUUUAGAAAUUUGUUACAGCUUUGUUGUAAAAUAUUGUAAUUUCAAUAACAAAAAAUAUUAACGAAACGAGUACGUUGUUUGUGUAGAUGACUAUGAACUAUACUAAUUUAGUAUGUAAAAGGUAAAUUCAAAAUCAUCCAUAUAAAAAUCAUAUAAUAUUCUGCCAGCGAUCGACUCGCCGUCUAGAGACCAAUACUCUGAAGCUCAAUUGCGUGAGUAUGAGAGAGAACAUACUAAUGUGCGACAAGGAUAGAUCUACUGUUUUUAGUAAUGGUACUUGAAGAGUGUUACGUGGCUUUAUAUACGUUUAAACAAAAAAUGUUUAUGUUUUCAAAUACAAAUAAUGAGAUAUGCAAAAGCUUGAGAUAAUUCAUUACAUGAAGAAAGUUUAACUUAGCGAACACCUUAUUUAAAAGAUGGUUUGCAGAAUUGAUAAAUGAUGAAAGAAAUGUUUGGAAGUGUGACUUGACAUUGUCUCAUGCAAGGGAAGCACAAGAGAGAAUACAGGAAUUCAACAGAUUAAAAAGAGCAAGGCAUCUACUUGAUGCUAUUUUCCUCACAAAUGAAUUAAUUUCAGAUGGUUCUGAUGUGGAAAUAUUGAGUCUUGCUGGCACAAUAAUAAAGAGAUUGAAAGGGUUAGGAGUGUUUAAUACACUAAUAGAAAAUUCAACCAACCAUGUAAAAGUGUCAAUGUUAAAACCCUCUCAUUCUGGUAUAUAUCACUGUUGUACAUUCUGUUCAAGUGGUGGUAAAAAAGAAACUGUUUGUGGUUGUGGGGGGUCUAUGCCUGGUGGAUAUCAAGGUUGUGGACAUGGUUAUAUUGGGCAUCCAGGUGUUAGUCAUUGGUCGUGUUGUGGAUCCAUUUUGAGACAUGGACAUUGCUUAGCUCUUCCAAGGCACAAAUUCCAACUGUUACUUUGACGCUGUUGGUUUCAAAUAAAUUUUAUUUUUU